AUGGAAAUGAAAAAUUUUACUGGAGGUGAAAACCUGCAAACAAUUGCAGCACGUUCCUGCUCUGUGGAUUUUACUGGAGAAGUACAUGGCGAGCUCGUUUUCCUCACUGUCAUUAACACUUUUUUGUCGAUUACAGCAUUUUUGGGGAAUACUCUGAUCCUAGUUGCCCUUCGCAAGGACACAUCAAUUCAUCCGUCAUCCAAACUCUUGUAUCGUAACCUAGCGAUAACCGAUCUUUGUGUUGGCGUCAUUGCGGAGCCUCUACGCGUUGCAUAUUGGAUUUCUGUGAUGAACGAACGAUGGGAUAUUUGCUAUUACGCAAAUUUGACAGCAAAUUUCGCAGGUGCUACUUUGUGUGUAGUGUCGUUGAUAACACUGACUGCAAUAAGCGUGGACAGACUUCUCGCUUUGCUACUAGGUCUCAGAUACAGACAAGUUGUAACUUUGAAAAGAACGCGUUUAAUUGCUAUUGGUGGUUGGAUUGUGCCUAUUGUCGGUGCAUCUAGCUUCUUUCUGAAUCGUUUUAUAGUUUCAUUGUUCGUAUAUAUAGCUACAGCUUUUUGUUUAGUUACUACAAUCUGUGCCUACACAAAAAUUUUCAUGUCUCUGCGUCAUAACCAAAUUCAUGGUCAGAACCAUGUUGUUCAAGGAUCGAGCCAAGCAAAUACACUGAAUAAAGCUCGAUACAGAAAGGCAGUGUACAGUGCACUGUGGGUGCAGGUAACAUUGGUUAUUUGUUAUCUGCCGUACCUUAUAGUUGUAGCUUUCAGAACCAGUCAAGGGGGGAUGCUUAUAUCUACUUACCUUGCUAGGGAAUUUACAGUUACUUUACUGUAUUUAAACUCGUCGUUAAACCCGUUUGUGUACUGCUGGAAGAUCACAGAAGUGAGACAAGCCGUAAAAGAAACAUUACAACUACAAUUCUGUAUCAACUAA